GCCUAUUCGGUUCGGAUUCCUUCUAGUUUACAUCGUCAUACUUCGCCAACAGUAAAUUGUUCCUUCCAAAUUGAAUUGAGGUGGAAAAGUAGCCAGAUAUGGGCGAUACCCUUUCUAUGUGCAAGUCAUAUCAGGGAAAAAGUAAUGUCUGUGGAGGUACCAUAAUCUCAUCGUGGGAAGUAAUAACCGCCGCUCAUUGCGUGUAUGACAAUGGAUGGUUGGGUGCAGAAAAGAUUUCAGUUCGUACUGGCGACUUCACCAGAAGCGACAAUGACGAAAGAGGAUCCAGUAUAAAAUACAGCGUGAGACAGUACCGCUACUUCCCAGAAUACUCCGGUGACGUAAUUUACGGCUAUGACUUCAUAAUUCUGGAAGUGAAUGAGAAAAUUGAGUUAGAUAAAUAUCGACGAGCUUUCACUAGUAUUUGCACCUCUUCAAAUACCUCGAGGCCUGUUCGAGCGAUUGGAAUUGGUCUCACCAACUCAGUGACUCAUGCUCGACCUAAUGAUCUGAUGGAAGCUGACUUGGUAGAAAGACCUGAAGCGGAGUGUUCCGCUAUGUUCGGCAACAAAGCACCCAAAGGAAGCGAGGUCUGCGUCAAGGCUGUUGAAAUGAAGGCCACUUGCUCAGGAGACUCCGGGGGUCCCGUAUUUGUAACUGAAAAUGGAGAACCCAAAUGUUUUUAUGGACUUGUGAGCUUCGCAGCUGCAAGUAAAGAGUGUGGCGAACGGGACUCGCCGACAGUAUUUGCCAAAAUCUCCUUCUACUUUCCCAUGAUGGCUCAAACUGCACUGCGAAUGGCAUAUUCCGAGCGGCUGAAAGAUCCGACUGCCAACUGUGGAGGCACCCUGAUAGGAGUUGAUUCUAUAGUGAGUGCGGCACACUGUGCUUGGAACGAGGGCUGGCUGGACGCAUCCAAACUACAAGUGUACUCAGGUGAUGGCACACCCAACCACAACGACGAAAAAGUGUCUACACAAUUCCACACAGUUCAAUAUUACACCUACUUUAAAGAAUACGAUGGACAAGUGAUUAACGGCUAUGACGUCAUAAUCAUCAAACUUAGAGACCCUGUGUUGUUCGAUGAGUUCAGAAAACCUCUGUUGGUUUGCGAUGAGACUCCAAAUGGGAAGCAGAAGGCUAUGAAAGCUGUAGGGUUGGGUUACACGAACUCAACGGGACGGAUGACUCAGCUGUAUGAGGUGGCUCCUUCAGUUUGUGUGUCAAAGUACGAGAAGAAUACUGCACCCAAAGGCAGUUUCAUCUGCCACAAUGACAACUCCGGAAUCAGAGACACUUGUAAUGGUGACAGCGGAGGUCCUGUCUUUCUGAUGAAGUCUAAAAACUCAGACCAGUUCGACUGUCUCUAUGGCGCUGUCAGCUACGGGGCAUCCAAUGUCAACUGUGGCGACAAACACAUGCCCACUGUCGCUUCCCGACUCUCCUUCUACCACCCGAAGCUCCUAAUGCGAAGUGAUAUAAUUUACAAUUCCGUAAUCUACGAUCAAAGAGGGGAGAGGGAGGAAAUACGGCAUAAUCAGAAUAAACAAGCGGAUGCUCCUCGGCUGCUGAAAUUGGAAAACACCUCAACCAUCUGGAUUUUGGUGGUUAUCGGAGCUUUUCUUUUGUGA